UCUCCUAAAUUGUCAUAAGUCAAAAUCGCCAAUACAUUUUGUCAAUUGUCAAUUUGAUGUGGUGAAUUUGAAGUUCCAUCAAAUUAGUUUAAUUUCUUCAUAAAAUUAGUGGUGCUUCUUUAUUAUUAAUAUUUUUUCAUAUUUUUCAAUAAUUGUUAGCCUUUAGUAUAUAGACGGUUAAAUAUUUUCUUAUAGAAAACAUUUAUUUUGUAAUCUCGAUGCUUUUGCACUAAAAAUGUGUUGCGGUAUUUAGUUUUUUUUUUUUAAUGUAUAGUAUGUUUUAAAUCCAUUAUUCCUUGAAAACAUAAAAAGCUCAAACGUUUUUUACACAAUUUAACCGUAAAAUGGCAGACUCAGCCAGCGAAUCUGAUUCCAGCAGCAUUGAUGGUGGUCCUAUUAUGAUGCCACCCAGCCCCAUCACCAGAGAACAACUUCAAAAACGGAUUGAGAGUCUUCAGCAACAAAAUCGGGUGCUCAAAGUCGAGUUAGAAACCUAUAAGUUGAGAGUAAAAGCUCUACAGGAAGAAAAUAGGGAUCUUCGCAAAGCAUCUGUUAUUAUACAAGCCAAGGCAGAACAAGAGGAAGAAUUCAUCUCAAAUACUCUUUUGAAGAAGAUCCAAGCGCUCAAGAAAGAAAAGGAAUCACUCGCUCAUCAUUAUGAAAGAGAAGAGGAAUGCUUAACGAAUGAUCUGUCGAGAAAACUGACGCAAUUACGUCAGGAAAAAUGUCGCCUAGAACAGACUUUAGAACAAGAACAAGAGUGCCUUGUUAACCGUCUCAUGAGAAAGAUUGAAAAACUGGAAGCGGAAACUCUAGCGAAGCAAAGCAAUUUGGAACAACUGCGGCGUGAAAAGGUCGAACUAGAAAAUACUCUAGAACAAGAACAAGAAGCACUCGUCAACAAACUAUGGAAGCGUAUGGAUAAGCUAGAAGCUGAAAAACGGAUGCUUCAAAUUAAACUUGAUCAACCUGUUUCUGACCCGGCUAGUCCCAGAGAAAUAAGUAAUGGCGAUACUGCUAGCAAUCUGAGUUCUCAUAUUCAAACAUUGCGUUCUGAGGUAGCUAGGUUAAGAUCAAAUUUGGCUAUCAGCCAACAAGAACAUACUCAGAAAAUGCAGCGUUUUGCUCAAGAGGAACGUAAUAUCAAAGAAGAGAAUUUAAGAUUACAGAGAAAAUUGCAGUUGGAAGUUGAGAGACGGGAGGCUUUAUGCAGACAUUUAUCUGAAAGUGAGAGUUCUUUGGAAAUGGAAGAAGAGAGACAUUAUAAUGAACAGGUGCUAGGUGUAAGACAGCAUACUGUUUCCCCGGUGCCAGCUUACAACCCAUCGCCUAGUCAGAGUAGACCUUUGAGCCCAGGUAGCUUGAAUACAAUGCAAUCUCCAAGAGAUUCUUUAGUGGUAGGUCCACCGAGGUGCCAUUCAUGUGGACAACUUUUGAAUCAUCCUGUGAACCCUGCCUGCAUCUCUUCGGCUCUACACCCAGUUGGUUCGAGCAGUCCUCCUGCUCCACACCGAAGAACCAGUGAACGGUUCAUCAAGCCGGCGAUACCAGCUGCACCUCAGCCCGCUAGUCCAAUGGACACUUCCGUCAACAAAGACUAGUAAGAUAAAAGUGAUAUUUUGAUGUAAUUGUUCCUGGUGUAUCGAGAAUUCUGCUCUAAAGUGAAGAAAUUCGUAUUUUAUAAAUUCUCCACUGAACAGUACAUUCACCAGAUCAGGAGCAGCUGAAUCUUCAACUUUUUAGUUAAUAAUUUUGUUUUGCUUUGUCACCGUUUUUAUAUAAUAUAUAUCCAUGUACUUAUGCCAUUUACAUAAGAGGGGACCUCCUAUUCUAACCCCCGUUAAAAUGUUUUUAAUUAAAUGUUUAUAUUAUGAUAUAACGCAAUAAAAUAAAAAUUGGUAAUUUUGCAGACUAGACGAUUGUUAUCUAAAAUUGUUAAUUCUCGUACCAUGGGUGGGUGCAAAUUUUAACAGUUUGUAUUAAGAAAGUCAAAAGAAUAUACAUAUAAAUUCGAUCCAACAUUUUCUAUUUGAAAUCAAAAAUUUAAAUGCUGUUUGGUACUCUUAAAAUAACGUUUUCUCUCCCUUUGUACCCACUCACGCAUUGAACGUAAAAUUGUUCGUUUAGUCUAAAAUUUAUUCGUAUAUUCAUACUUUGGGAACUUAAAGUGUUCCACAGAUGGAAUAAAAAAAAUUCUGAAUAAAAUUGACCAUUCACCAAUACCCAAAGAGUUUUGUUUCUUUUUUUUUUAGUCAUAAUAAACGGUGUUAUCACUCUCUUGAUUAUUGAAAAUUUUCACGUGUCUGAAUGUUGUAGCUUCGUUUGUUAUGAUGUCAUUGACAUAAAGAAUGAAUUAAGACUUGUACUAUUAAUUAUUAUUGGAAAUUGGUGUUAGUAUAAUAAGUGCUCUUCUGUUUCGUUUAGAUAAAAAAAUUAACUCAACAUGGUUUCCAAAGUUUGAACAUUACAGUAAGGGACACCAUGUAUAUUUUUUAUAAUUCACCAGUUUGUUGCCAAAAUUUUGUCGUGGCAUAGCCAUUUUCACAUUUCAUGUGAUAUUUAAUAAAGUUGAACAAUGAAAAUUUUAGUAUAGAG